AUGCCCCGAAAGGAGACGCGCGCCGCGGAGAAGCCCGUCCGGUUUCCCCAUCAAGCCGACCCCGCAGCUCCCUUCCGUAGGUGCCUCCGCCGGCCCCUCGCCGCCCGGCCGCCUGCAGCCACCCACGUUCCCAGGCCCCAGACGCACCGUCCCUUGGGUGCUCCCCGUCCCCGACCUCCGCAGCCCUGUCACAGCCCCUGCCCUGGAGCAUCACCGCCCGGCAGCGGGGCUAGCAGGGAGGUCGCACCUCUACCUGCCGAGUCCCUGCAGUCCCCCCGCCGGCGCCCACCCAAGCCCCCGGCUCGCCGGGGCCCGCCAAGGGUCCGCAGCAGCGGGGUGCAACACCGGGGCGCUGUGCCCAGGGGCCGAGAUGGCGGCGGCACCCCCAGGGCGGCCGGGGCACCCCCAGGGCGGCCGGGGCACCCCCAGGGCGGCCGGGGCACCCCCAGGGCGGCCGGGGCACCCCCAGGGCGGCCGGGGCAGCCGGGACCCCAGCGCGCCCCAGCCGGGAGGAAGGAGGCGCGGCAGCCGCACCGCCGGCCGGGCGGUUCCCCCUCAGGAGGCCGCUCCCCGCGGGUCCCGCCCGGCCCGGGGCGCUCCGCGGGGGCGCAGCCGCAGCCCGGGCAGCCCCGCGAGGUUCUUACCGGUGCGCUGCGCCCGCGGCCCCGGCAGAGCCGCCCGCGCUACCGACAGCGACCGCCGCCUUCCAACCGCCGGCCCGCGGCCCAGCCGCGCAUGCGCGGGCGCCCAACGGCCGCGCCGUUUGAAAGUCAACGGCCACUGGGGCGGGCGGCGGCGCGGCCCCGGGGCGCGGAGGGGGCCCCGCCGGGCACCGAGCCGGUUCCCCGGGGCGGGGCAGGCCCGGGCCAGGCGCUCACCGGGAGCACCGAGUCACCGCCCCGCGCCCCCGCACCGAACGGCGGCCGCAGCUCGAGGAGAAACUCGCCCCGAAGCGGGAAACCACGGGGCAGAAGAACCUCCGACAGCGGCCCCGGGGCGCAGGAACGGGCGCUCUGCCACCCGCUGCUCCGACACCGAAGGACUACACGUGCGCGGUGA